GGCGGAGCAUGGCCUCGAGCCCCUCAUAGUGUCUUUAUCAUCCGAGGUUGCUAUCUUGCCCGGGGUAUGCCGACGUUGGUACUUAUAUAUAACCCAUUCUCGUCCUCAGGAUGCGGGUUGUUUCCAUAUAUACCCUCUAGGGCUGUGAACGCUCAUUAUGGCUCUCUCAGACGAUAUCAUGACAGAUGUGCCAGGCACCGUAUAUCUGGUGGAUGCAUCCGGAAACCUCAGCGAUGCAGCCCGUUCCGGACACGAUAUCCUCCUAGUCCCUCAGCCUACGCCUUCACAAGCUGAUCCACUGAGCUGGCCCAAAUACAAAAAAUACUGGUCCCUCUUCUUAAUCUCCGCCUACGCCUGCAUAAUGUCCUUCGGCGAGAAUAACUGGGGCGCAGCAUGGACAACCAUCUCCGAAGAAACCGGCGUCACACUGAAUAACAUGAAUGGCGGCUCAGCACUGAACUAUCUCCUCCUAGGCUUCGUGAAUAUCAUCUGGAUCCCGUCGGCCAUGAAGUUCGGACGGAAGAUUGUUUAUAUUCUGAGUUUGGUGUUUAUUUUGGCUGGGGGCGUUUGGGGUGGGUUUUUUGAGGGCACGGCGCAAUAUUAUCUUAUGAUGGUUGUGACGGGGAUUGGGACGGCAGCGUAUCAGGCGCUGAUUCAGUUGACGAUUUUUGAUAUGUUCUUCUCGCACGAGCGUGGUCGGAUGUUGGCGGUUUAUAUCUUUUUUCAGCAAUUAGGGUCUAUUCUGGGGUUGAUUUUGGGGGGAUAUAUUGCGGAUGGGAUUGGGUGGAGAUGGAGUCAGCCGAUUGUCGCGAUUGCUGCUGCCAUAUUGAUCUUCCUAUUCAUCUUCACGUUCGACGACACUAUGUUCCCACGGUAUCGAUUCAGAAACCAGGCAUCUACAGAACCGUCCAAGCUCGCCGAAACAACCCAACCUUCAACAACUAACAAUGAGAAAGAUCAAGGCUCAAAAAACCAAACAGACCUAACAAUAACAACCAGUCACAGCCCCGGCGAAAUCUCCAUGCCCCCACGAACAUACACCCAAAAGCUCGCACCAAUUCACUACUACAAAGACGACCAAACAACUUGGCUUCAGUACUUCCGACGCCCAUUCUACCUCUUCCUAUUCCCGAAUAUCGUCCUCGCGGGUAUCCAAUUCGCCUUCGGCUGCACCGCGGGGAUUGUAUCGUUCAACACCAUCUCAGAAAUCAUGACAGAACCACCAUAUAACUGGAGCGCCGGUUCCGCCGGCCUCUUAUUCCUUGCUGCCCUCGUUGGAAAUUUCAUCGGAAUGGCAAUCGGAACCCUCUCCGACACCUUAGUCCUAACUCUAACCCGGCGUAACAACGGCUACAAAGAGCCCGAGAUGCGUCUCUACGCAUACAUCUUCUCGUUGCUCCUCGCGGCCGUCGGGUACUUUACAUACGGCUGGGCUGCGACGGCGGGGAGUCAUUGGAUGGCUGUUGCUGUGGGGUUGUGCUGUAUGAUUGCGCAGCAGGUUUCGGCAACGAGUAUUGCGACGGCGUAUGCGAUGGAGUGUUUUGAUCAGAUAUCUGGUGAAUUGGUGAUUGUGCUUGCGAUAUGCUCGUCCGUUAUCAACUUUGCGAUAUCAUUCUCCGUGCAGAAUUUCAUCGAUGCGACGAGUUAUGGGUGGACAUUUACGUUUUAUGGGAUUUGGGUGGUUUUGUCGAUGGCUAUGGGGGCUCCGAUGAUUCUUUGGGGGAAGAGUUGGAGACGCAGGUGUAAGGGGAGGUAUGAGGCGUUUUUGGCGGAGACGAUGUAGUUUUUUCUGUUUCUUUUGCUAUUCUCUGUUAUGAUGUUUGAUGUCUGCGUUGGAUAUGUAUCUGUGGUCACAAUAGUAUGAUAUGAGACCCUACUGGAC